AUGGCGGAGGCUGUGCGCCCCGAGGACUACUGCGACGAGCCGGUGGAGGACGAGUUUGGAGAGAUCAUCAAGUGUCGAUCUGAUGAAAGAGAAGACGUUCAGAAGAAGACUUUCACAAAAUGGGUAAACUCACAGUUGGCUAAGACAGGGAAACCACCCGUGGAGGAUCUGUUCUCAGAUCUGUGUGAUGGAAGACGCCUGCUGGAGUUGUUGGAGGGGCUGGCAGGACGUGAGCUGGUACGGGAGAGGGGAUUCACUCGCGUUCAUUCGCUCAACAAUGUCAACCGUGCUCUGCAGAUCCUGCAGAAGAACAAUGUUGAAUUGGUGAAUAUCGGGGCGUCAGACAUCGUUGAUGGGAAUCACAAACUGAUUCUCGGGCUCAUCUGGAGCAUCAUUCUCCACUGGCAGGUAAAGGAUGUGAUGAAGGAUGUGAUGGCGGGCCUACAGCAGACCAACAGUGAGAAGAUUCUGCUGAGUUGGGUUCGUCAGAACACGCGGCAGUAUCCUCAGGUCAAUGUGGUUAACUUCUCCAGUAGCUGGAAUGAUGGAUUGGCCUUCAAUGCCCUCAUCCACAGCCACAGACCUGAGCUCUUUGAUUGGAGCUCAGUGGAGAAGAAGACAUCUGCGAUCGACAGACUGGAACACGCCUUUAAUAGGGCAGAACAACACCUGGGGAUAGAUAGACUGCUGGACCCUGAGGAUGUGGCGGUGCCUCACCCUGACAAGAAGAGUGUCAUCAUGUACGUGACAUCACUCUUCCAGGUGCUUCCCCAAAGCGUUUCCAUGGAAGCCAUCAAGGAGGUGGAGACGCUGCCGCGGGUGACCGCAGCCAGCGUCGCCCGGGUGACCACAGAGGAGCACUACCAGAUCCAGACCCAGCAGCGUUUCUCCCAGCAGAUCACAGUGAGUGUGGCUCAUGGCCGAGUGCGGAGUCCCUCCCCUCAGCCUCGCUAUAAAAGCUAUGCCUACACCCAGGCUGCAUAUGUCAAGUCGCCCGAGCAAAAGAGGAGGCGUUUUACUGAUCAGUUCCUAAGUCCUGGCCAGGAGGAGCUACAGCGGGGCCUCAGUCCUCUGCUUCCAGGCUCCACCAGCCUGGAGAGCUACCAGGCUGCACUGGAGGAGGUGUUGACAUGGCUGCUGUCGGCUGAAGAUGGGCUCCAGGGCCAGCCUCCCAUCUCCAACAACGUGGAGGAGGUAAAGGAGCAGUUCCACACACAUGAGGGGUACAUGGUAGAACUGACCACCCACCAAGGCAGUGUGGGACGGGUCCUCCGUGCCGGCGCCGCCCUACUGGCGGAGGGGAACCUGAGUGAAGACGAGGACUCGGAAGUCAGGGAGCAAAUGAACCUCCUGAACUCCCGCUGGGAGCAUCUGAGAGUAGCUAGCAUGGAGAGACAGAGCAGACUCCACGAUGUCCUGAUGGACCUGCAGCACCAGCAGUUGAAGCAGCUCACGGACUGGCUGGAUUUGACGGAGGCACGGAUUAAGAGGAUGGGAGCUCAACCGCUCGGUCCUGACCUGGAGGAUGUCAAGCACCAAGUGGAAGAGCACAAGCUCCUGCAGGAGGACCUGGAGCUGGAACAGGUGAGAGUGAACUCUCUGACCCACAUGGUGGUGGUGGUGGACGAGACCAGCGGAGACAGCGCCACUGCCGCUUUGGAGAACAAACUUCAGGUGCUAGGUGACCGCUGGGCAGCCAUUUGUAGAUGGACAGAAGAACGCUGGAUUCUGCUUCAGGAGAUUUUACUGAAAUGGCAGCACUUCACUAAUGAACAGUGUCUAUUUGACUCCUGGCUGACUCAGAAGGAGGAGCUGGUUCGCUCCAUCAAGACUUCCAACCUGAAGGACCAGGCAGAGAUGGUGACCUGCCUCCGCCGUCUUGCUACGGUGAAGGCAGACCUGGAAGUGAAGCGUCCCACCAUGGACAAGCUGUGCUCCAUGAGUCAGGACCUGCUGUCCAGUGUUAAGAACAAAGAGGUGGCCAGCAAACUGGAGGCCCGUCUGGACAGUUUCGCCCAGCGCUGGGACCGACUGAUCCAGAGUCUGGAGAUGAGCAGCUCCCAGCUGUCAUCGGCCGUCAGCACAACGCAGCAGGCCGAGCUGACCCACUCUGUCACGGCGACCGUAACCAAGGUGAUUUCUAGGGAGAAGGUGUCAGCUGUGCGCCAGACACGGGAGUCUCCGCCGCCACAAAAGAAGAGGCAAGUCGUGGUGGAUUCUGAACUCAGGAAAAGGUUUGACGUGGACUUCACAGAGGUCCACAGCUACAUGACCCGCGGUGAGGCCAUCCUGCAGAGCCCAGAGUUCUCUGUGUCACGCAAGGACGGAAGCAUUCAGGAGCUGCAUGACAAAGUGCAGGCGAUAGAAAGAGAGCGGCCAGAGAAGUACCGAAAGCUCCAAGAAGCAACGCGCACGGCCCAGACCCUGGUCGAGCAGGAGGGGAGUCGUGCUGAUGACAUUGCCCAGGCAGCGGAGCAGCUGAACCAGCGCUGGUCGGGAUUCUGUGCCCUGUUGGCAGACAGGCUGGCAUGGUUGGCUUACCAGACAAAGGUGCUGGCCUUCUACAGUUUGUAUGAGCAGUGUGAGCAGGCUGUGGACAGCAGUGAAAACUGGCUCAAAGUCCAGGCGCCUCCAGCAUCUGAACCAGAACCACUCAAAGUCCAACUGGACCGAUGUCUGGAGGAGGUGGCUCGCCUGGCCUCCCUGCAGCCCCAGGUGGACCUUCUAGAGAAGCAGCUGAAGGCGCUGAAAGAGGAGAAGGAAGGGGGCGAGGACCCGUCAGCCUUCCUGGACGCCGACAUCGAUGCCUUCAAAGAGCACUACCACAAGGUCCUGGAGGAUCUGAGGGCGAGAGAGAGGCAGUUACACCUGGUUUUGGAGAGCUUGCCCCCGGCUCGUUAUAAGGAAACCAUAUCGACACUGUUGGCAUGGUUACAACAGUGCGAGGCCAAGCUGGCCAUUCCAUCCACGGCUGUCACGGAGUAUCCUAUAAUGGAACAGAGACAGAAGGAUGUUCAGGCCCUCCAGGUGGCUCUGGCUGAACACCAAGGGGAGGUGGACUACCUGACUUCAGCUGUAGAGCAGGUCUUUCAGAAAGCUCCACCAGACAUCAGCCAAAAGUUUCGCUUCGAGAUGGAUUCCAUCAUGGUGCGUUGGAGACGACUUGGCACCACGCUGACGGACAACGCCCAGAGACUCCAAGAGCUCAUGGCCAAACUGUUGCAGUUUGAGAAUGAUGUUAAGACUUUGAAGAAGUGGAUGGCGGAUGUGGAUGUGUUCCUGAACGAGGAAUGGCCAGCGCUGGGAGACUCUGAAGCUCUGGAGAAACAGUUGGAGCAGUGCACGGCUCUGGUGAAUGACAUCCACACCAUCCAACCCAGCGUCAAUGGCAUUAAUGAAGUGGGUCUGUACCUAAAGAAAGAGGCCGAGCCACCGUUUGCCAUCCACAUCCAGAAGGAACUGGACGAACUCAACGGCCAAUGGGAGAACAUUUGCAAACAGGCCUAUGCUAAGAAGUCCGCUCUGAAAGGUGGCCUUGAUAAGACCAUGGCUCUGAGGAAGGAGAUGCAGGAGAUGCAGGAGUGGAUCAACCAGGCGGAGGAAGACUACCUGGAGAGAGAUUUCACAUACAAGACGCCAGAAGAGCUACGCAAGGCCGUGGAGGAGCUCAAGAGGGCCCAGGAAGAGGUCCACUCCAAGGAGCUAAAGGUCAAACUCCUGACUGACAGUGUCAACAGUUUCAUCGCCAAGGCUCCACCCACGGCCCAUGAUGCCCUGCGGUCUGAAUUGGACGUGCUGACGGCCAACUACCAGCGCCUCUGUAGUCGGCUGGAUGGGAAAUGUAAAACUCUAGAGGAGGUGUGGGCGUGUUGGUGUGAGUUGCUCUCCUACCUGGAGCAGGAGAACGCCUUUCUCGACCAGCUGGAGCAGAAGCUGGAUGAGACGGAAAACCUCGAAGGAGGAGCGGAGGAGCUGCAGGAGGCACUAGAUAGUCUAGAAGUGCUUUUGCGGCACCCGGAGGACAACAGGAACCAGAUUCGGGAGCUGGCCCAGACGCUGAUGGACGGAGGCGUUUUGGAUGAAAUAAUACAGCAAAAACUAGACGCUUUCAACACGCGUUGGGAUGAGCUUAUGGCGAGGGCUGUGCCUGCAGUGUUUGAAUCGGUAUGA